AUGGCGGCCAACAACAUGCAUAAUCUGACUACUCUGAUCAAACGGCUAGAAGCCGCCACUUCCAGGCUUGAGGAUAUGGCAGCUUCCUCCAUUGAUCUAUCCGCCGUCAAUGGAGCCCCCACGCCCGCGCCGACCGGUCCCCUCCCCGUGCCACCCGUUGCAAAAGCAGCAGAGCCAAAACCCGUCGUCGAAGCUCUCCCCGAAUCCGUCGAAGACUUUGAUGCUUUUAUUAACGGGCCAGUGAAGGCUUUCGUGAAUCUGAGUGACGAGAUAGGGGGGCCGGUUGCGGAGCAGGCGUCGAGCGUACUGCGGGCAUUUGCUGGACAACGGAAGUUCAUUCUGAUUACAACGAAAGCAAAGAAGCCUGAUAUGACCAAGCCCGUGUUCAUGACCCUCUUGAAGCCUCUGCAGGAAUCAAUUACGGCCGUCAGCGACAUCCGAGAUGCCAACCGUGGCUCGGCGGUCUUCAACCAGCUCAGCGCCGUUUCCGAGAGUAUUGGUGUCCUUGCGUGGGUUACAGUCGAGCCAAAACCGCACAAGCACGUUGAAGAAUCGUUAGGGUCGGCGCAAUACUGGGGAAACCGAGUCUUGAAGGAAUUCAAGGACAAGGACCCAAAGCAAGUCGAGUGGAUACAGUCCUAUUACCAAGUCUUCAAGGAUUUGACCGAAUACGUCAAACAGACCUUCCCCACAGGUGUCCAAUGGAAUGUCAAAGGUGUUUCUGCGGAAGAUGCAAUUAAGGAUGUUGAACAGAGCCAACCGGCACCCCACCAUCCUCACCCAGCUGCAGGCGCAGGUGCACCCCCUCCACCCCCUCCUGGACCUCCUCCUCCUCCUAUAAAAUUUGAUGGUCCACCACCCCCGCCACCGCCGCCUUCGGGUGCUGGAGCUACUCCCGGUGCCGGUGCAGGCCUUGAUGCCGUAUUCAACGAUUUGAACAAGGGAGCCGAUGUUACGAAGGGUCUUCGCAAGGUCAACCCAGAUCAGAUGACACACAAGAACCCAUCUCUACGAGCCGGCGCCACAGUUCCCCAGCGGAGUGAUAGUGCUUCGAGUGUCUCGUCGAAUCGUGGUAAGAGUCCUGCGCCGGGCAAGAAGCCUAAGCCAGAAAGCAUGAGAACCAAGAAACCCCCGGUCAAGAAGCUGGAUGGCAACAAGUGGAUCAUUGAAAACUACGACAAUGAACCGGCACCAGUUGAGAUUGAGGCGUCUAUUUCACAUUCGAUCUUGAUCAGUCGCUGUAACAAGACCACAAUCAUCGUUAAAGGAAAAGCCAACGCCAUCUCCAUCGACAACUCUCCUCGACUCUCACUGGUUAUCGAUUCCCUCGUCUCAUCAGUCGAUGUGAUCAAGUCCGCAAACUUCGCCAUGCAGGUCCUCGGUGUCCUUCCAACUGUCCUCAUGGAUUCCGUAGAUGGUGCCCAAAUCUACCUGAGCAAAGAGAGCAUACAAACCGAGGUAUUCGCUAGCAAGUGUUCGGGCAUCAAUUUGUUGAUCAGCAGUGCGGAGGAGGACGGUGAUUUUAAAGAGGUGCCUCUGCCAGAGCAACUGAGAACAUAUAUUACGGAGGACGGCAAGGUUGUGAGUGAGAUUGUGGAGCACGCUGGUUGA